UGCAGUGAAAAAGAGGGCAUUGCCCUGGGAUUCGCGUGUGGCUCAUGAGGGCGCACCGGGAACACUCGGCGCUUUUGAAAGACAAUUAAUAAUGUUUUCAUUAAGGAUAAGUAUUAUCACUUCCUUUUAUAUUAAAUUAAAGUUUCAUUACCUCAUAACCUCACUCUAUGGAAUUAUUCUAUGGAUAGGUAAUUAUGAGAUUUUUUCAUAGGUAACCCCCUGUCUCCCCUCCCAUUGGAUUGUUUCAAUUGAAGACAGACAUCGCUUGGCACUAUUGCUAUGGCGCAUUUUGUGGCUUAGUGGUUUUAAGUUGCUAUUACCCGCAGAAGCCACUAUUAGGGUCAGGGAGCUACGCGCGAGACAGAACUCAUAGCGACUCAAUCUGGUGAUACAUUAGAACGAAAAAAAGUACAAGAGAUUUCACGCUGAAAAAUGGGGACGAAACAAGCAAGGUGUAUCUUUAUAUUCGGUGCUAUUUUGUUGCACAUGUUGGACUUCCCUAGGAGGACAUUUCAAGAUCUCGCCCCGCCGGGAUUUGUCUUCGAAAGCGACGAAUACUUUUACAAGAUUGUGUUUGAGAGGGAUGACAGAAGGACUUUUUACGAAGCGGAGGAGAUCUGUAACUUGUUUGAGAAUGGUCACCUCGCGAGUAUAACGAGUCAAGCUGAGAACGAGUGGAUACAUCAGAAGAUACAGUCAGUCAGCCAAAGCUACGAGCCCAGGAGAUUCUGGGUGGGCGCGUCUGAUAGGCGUCAAUACGGCUCGUUCGAGUGGAUCGAUGGUAAACCGUUUAUCUUUUACGCGGCGCAUUAUCUUGGCGCUCGAAGGAAGAAACAAGAUUACGAAAUGUGUCUCUCGUUACGAUCAUCGCGUAAGGACGUGCAAUGGACCGAUGAAGACUGUUACGAUGCGAGGGGCUACAUAUGCAAGACGGAAGGUGCCCCUAAAAGGAUCGUCGCAAGGAGACGCUUCGGAUAUGAGUUCGACGAAAACAUCUGGACUUACAAGUUCGUACUGCUGCAAGAUGACAUGUUGACGUGGCCGGAAGCGGAAGUGUACUGCCGGAAGACGGAGUGGGGCCACCUGCUUAGCAUAACCUCGGCGAAAGAACAAGAGAAAGUAAAGCAAUGGCUGCGCAUGCUCAGAUUCAUCUUCGGAUUCCACAGGCUGUGGAUUGGCGCGUCUGACCUCGUUCGUGAAAGCAAAUUUGUAUGGACAGAUGGUCGCCGGUUUAACUACACCAACUGGCAGGAGGGUGAGCCGUCGGGCAUGAGGCGGGGCCAGGAGCAGGAUUGUGCCGCCAUCGCGAUGUACCCAGAGCUCGGAAAGUGGGAGGACCACUACUGCCUUCAGAACAUGCCUUUUAUCUGCAAGAUCAAAAUGUGUGGUGAGCGGACCGACCUCGCCUUCGCGAUAGACGCAUCAGGCAGUAUGGGAGAUCAAGGCUUUCUGAGAGCGAAGCGCUUCGUCAAGGCCCUCAUCGGUAGCUUCAAGGUCUCCCAGAAAGGCACCCAUGUGGGAAUUAUCAGAUUCUCGACACGAGCCAAGGUCAUGUUCACAUUUACCGAGCACUUUACACACGAGGACGUGAAUUACGCCAUUGAUGACAUCGAGUACACCGAGGGUGGAACGAAAACGGAGCUCGCUCUACGACUCGCUAGAACAGAACUAUUUUCUAAGCAAGGCGGGUCUCGCACCAGCCCGCUGAUAUUCAAGCUCUUCGUGCUGAUGACUGACGGCCGCUCCGAGUAUUUCCACGCGGUCGCGCGACAAGCCAAGAUGCUCAAGCGGUCAGACGUCCACGUGAUGGCUGUCGGUAUCGGCAAAUACACCAAUCAGCGCGAGCUGGAGGUCAUCGCGUCUAGCAAGAGUGACGUCAUAGGAGUUGUGUCAUUCAGGGAUUUGAUGAUCAGGAUGAACGAGAUCAAGGACAAGCUUUGUGAGAUUGCACUACUAAACGAGAAGAAAAAUAAAGAAAAGGAACAGCAAAGCUUAAAGAAGCGGCUACAUUUAGCAUUAGGGCGACACGGUGGAUACAACUAAUGCCGUAAUGACGUCCAUUUUCGGGACGUCCUGUCUGGGCCACCGUCCAUGACGGCGCUGACAGAGUCAUCUACCAAAGGCACUGCGCCCUUAAACAUUUAGUGGAACUAUAUGGUGCAUGUUUCUUUUCCUUGUAAAAUACAGAGAGGUAUGCAACCUUGACAACUAGAACUUCUACUAUACGGUACGGAUGUAAGUAAAGGGUAAAAAGAUUAUGAAACGUACACUUCUAGCUUUUCUAGAGAAAACAUCCAUGUCGGCACUGAAAUGAAAAGAAAAAUAUCUGCGAACAUGUUUUUCGGAUGUUCCAAUCAGUUAUUUCACAGUGCUUGUACAAAAAACGAUGGCUGUUUGCCUUGGUUAAACGGAGUUAUACAAGAGUUUUGAUUUUUGUCAGUUCGCGCAGUUUCUGACCUAAUUACAAACGAAUGAUUUACCAAUGACCACAUUUUGUCCAAUGAUGCAAGAUAAAAUAAUAAUGUAUAAGAAAUAGCCCUGUAAAUACAAAUAAGCAUGUGUUGCA